CCGCGCGUGCUCAGUAGUGCUCCGGGUGCUUUACCUCGCUAAGCUGAGGAGCACUUAGCUCCCUGAGGGAGAGAAACGGACGCGGACGCGCGAUGGAGCCGCAGGCCUGGCCGGGUCCACGAACGGACGGCCGAGGCGGCGGCGGGCCUUGAAGGCGAGGCGGGCGUCGCAGCCCUCGCGGCACUCUAGGACAUGGCCACCGAGCUGCCGCGCUGUGCCGAGAACCGGGAGGCCGAGCGGUUAGAGGGACUUCCCAGCUCGGCGGCGGCGAACGGGGAAGAGGUUGGAGCGACGGUCCGGCUCCUCGACGGCUGCGUGCCGCUCUCUCACCAAGUGGCGGGGCACAUGUACGGCAAGGAUAAGGGCGGUAUAUUGCAGCAUCCAGAUGGCACUGUCCUCAAACAAUUGCAGCCACCUCCUCGAGGACCCAGAGAACUAGACUUCUAUAAUAAGGUAUUUGCUGAUGGCUGUGAAGACUCUGUGUUCCUAGAACUACAAAAAUAUUUGCCAAAAUAUUAUGGAACCUGGUCACUGCCUACUGCACCCAAUGAUUUGUACCUAAAACUGGAAGACGUGACACACAGAUUUAAGAAACCAUGCAUAAUGGAUGUAAAAAUAGGCCAGAAAAGCUAUGAUCCAUAUGCUUCAGAAGAGAAGAUUAAGCAACAAAUCAGCAAGUAUCCACUAAUGGAAGAGAUUGGGUUCUUGGUGCUUGGAAUGAGGGUUUAUCAUGUCCCUACUGGCAGCUAUGAGACACAGAACCAGCACUAUGGAAGAGGAUUAACAAAAGAAACUAUAAAAGAUGGCGUUGCUCGAUUUUUCUAUAAUGGAUGCACCCUGAGAAGAGAUGCUAUAGCUGUUAGUAUUCAAAAGAUUAAAGAAAUCUUGCAGUGGUUUGAGAGCCAGAAGCAACUUAACUUUUAUGCCAGUUCUUUACUAUUUGUCUAUGACGGUUGGUCUCCAUGGUUGAAUGAUGACUGUUUGGUUGAGAAGAGCAAAGUACCCAAGGACCAAGUGCCAAGAGAUAGUACAGAUAAUACAUUGGAAUAUAACAACAAUGUUCAUAUAAUCAAUGCCUCAGAAAUUGGGAAGGUAGAGACUUCAGUUGGCAAAAAUUUUUCUAAAACGUAUACAUUUCAUAAAAGGCACCAGAAUCAAUUUUUGUUAAGAGACAACCUAUGGAAGCGCAGUGCUUGCUUUUCACAAAAACAUUUGAAUGGAAAUGUUAUACCUCAGCUGGAAAAAGUUUUCAGCCAAAUGCCCACUACUCUUCCAGGGGAUGGAGAAGUUGAAGUCCGGAUGAUAGAUUUUGCUCAUGUAUUCCCUAGUGAUGCACAAGAUGAGGGCUACAUUUAUGGUCUGAAAAACUUAAUUACUGUCCUUCAGAAUAUUUUAGAUAACUAAAUUUUUGCAGUGAUUUUUAUGGAGGGCCAAAUAUAAUGAAAAGCAACAACAUUUCUGCACUUGUGAUCCUUGGUUUAUACUGUUCUACAUUUUCUUGUCUUUAUACUUUUGGUAGAAUUACCAGGUAUUUUAUAAUGUUACUCAGGAAAAUUAUUCUGUAAUUAGUAAAAGAAAAGCUAAUGAGAUUUAACUGGUAGUUGUAGGGGUUUACAUUUAACAAACGAAGCUUACCUGAUAUUGGAAAAAUCUUGCAUUGGUUGAAAUGACUGAGUUAUUUUUACAUCCUUAUGUAUUUUAAUUGAAAACCUGUCAUGCAGCCAUAAUGUUGAGCCAUAUCUUUCAUGGAAUAUUAGAAGAUCAUUAGAGUAUAGUAAAACUACAAUUUAAUAGACCAUUUAGGAUGAAGGGUUAUCCAUUAAAUCCAAAUUUCCAUCACUUUUGUGGAUUUAUAUUGUUUGCAUAAUUACAUAAUUGACAAAUGGUGUCAUUUGCAGUAAACUAAUUUAACAGAGAAAUCCUUCAUUUGACAAACAAAUCUGCAUUGGAGUCUGAACAAGAAGUUUGUCCGUUGUAUCAAAAAUCCACCAAACUGAGGUCCAUUAAACUAAGAAUUUACUGUAUUAUUGAGUAUUUAAUAUAUUUUUAAAACUGGAGCUAAUAAUAUUUUUGAGGAGUACAUGUUUGAAAUCUAUUCUAGUUUAACAGACUUUUUUUAGUGAGAGAUAAUCAUACUAGUGCAUUAUUAAACCUGGGUAGAGGUGUUGAUCUUUUCAUGGCCAAAUAUUCUUACUGUGUAAUAUAUAACAUUUCCCCCCAAAAUUUAUGAAAUAGAUAUGAGCCAUAUAAAGAACAUAAGAUAAAUACUGUUUUGAAAUGCUUGUGUUUUGGAGGUUCUGUUAGAAAAUGAAUAAACAAAUAGUCAAUCAAAAGUGGCUUUAGUUACUGCAGAGGAGGAGUAAAGUGUAAUCCAUUAAGUCUGAAGCUACUUCUUAAAUAACAUGUUGGUAUGAACAUUUUGUAUGGGCAAUUCAUUAUACAGAUUUGGAUUUAGAAAUGGAAGGAUUGAUUUGCUUUGUAGAAGAAACAUGGAUAUUGUAAAAAGCUUCCCCUGGAGGAAAGGAGAACAGGACAGUGAUUUUCAUUUAACUCUUUUCCCUAUUUCAUUUCUAAACAGUGUGGGAAGUGGUGCUAGGGAUUGCAGAGAGGUGGAGGAAUUAGUAAAAAUUGUCCUUACAUUCAGCUCCUUUAAUUCAACAGAGCUUUGUGCUGAUAUGAAUUCAACUUUGAACUGGUGGAUAGUAGGCAGUGAAUAGCAGUAGUUUAAAUUAUACAUUUAUAUUUUAUAUUCCAAAUAUGUUAUAAAAAUCUCUAUUAAGUAGUUUUGUUAUAGGUUAUGAAGAAAGCCUUAAUAAUAUCAGAUAUUCAAAGGUAAUAUUAAUUUAAGAGUGAUCACAAGAAUUUGGUGUUCUGUUAAGUAAUUUAAGCCAUAUUGUUGAAAAAUAUUUGCUAUGCGGAAUUGUCCAAGUCAGUUUCCAUGAUCAUUGGUAGCUUAUUCUAUAGUAGUCAUUCUCUCAUUAACUAUUAUCAGUUAACUUGGCUAUAUUUAUAUGUCUAGUGUGGGCUGGGAAUGUUUCCAUUGUGGGCCAGUGAAAAUACAUAAUUUUUACAUCUUUCAGGUAAUAACUUCUGUGCUUCAUAGUAUUUGUAGUGUAAUUGUCUGUUGUUCUGCUAACAGUUUAAGGAGCUGGAACAGUAAGUACUCAACAUCUAAUUUUCAAUUUUUAUAAUUAAGUCAUUACAAAUAUAAUGUAAAUAUGUUUCCUUUUGGAACAUAAAAUGCUUUAAAUUGGAAACUAGGGAAAGUUGGUUAUAGUUACAGAAGUAACCCAUCAAAUUUUUUAUCUACUGAAAAGCACAUUCAGGUUAAUUUUACUGUCUACUGAUGUUUAAACAGUUGUGAAAUAAACAUUUUGCUACUUUCACAUGUGAACAAUAAAUUAAAAACAAGAAUGGUAUGGUUUCCUAGACCUUUCUAGCUUAUUCCACCACUUCCAUUUGCUGUUCCUAGGAAGCCCUGUAGAGUGAUGUCCCCUGGAUAUACACAUGGAAAACUGGUCUCUCUGUUUCAUUUUCUUUCCUGAUCCUACAGCUUAUUCUGUAUGUUACAACUCUGUGUAUAGAGGAUACAGAUGGAGUCUUUCAUAGUCACCUUAUGGAGGAGUUACCUCAGUUUUACUCAUUUAACUGCUUGCUUCUAACUGAAGUGAAUACGAGAGUCUGCAUGUUAAGAGUCAGUAUAAUAACAAUUAUUUUGAGCUUCAGAUUUAAGUCUGUAGAUAGAGCAAGGAGUACCUUAGUGUCUGAUCUAAACUGUGUUCAAAUUAAGCUAUAUUUCUUUGGAAGGAAGAAUUCCAAACUGUUUAGGAAUAGAUACAAGCAAAUAAAUGACAGCUACUUUGUAGCUGUCUCAAACACCGCCCACUUUGACAAGCUUGACCUUGCCACAAAUGCAGAAUUUUAAAUAUUGCUUCCAAUGAGAUUAUGAAGAUGCUCCUUUUAAAUAUAUUAUGUGGAAAAUUAUGUACAAACUAAUAGAAGAAUUUUAAUUGUAUAAUUUUUAUAGCCAAACAGUUUCGUUCUUGGUAUUUUGGAUAUUUUGCUUCUUGUUGCAUAGAUCUAUUUAAAACAAUGGUAUUAUGAAAUGUUAAAACUAUUUUACCUAACUAAUUUUGCAGAAUUAUGCAAUUGUGUAUAAUCAUGUUUCACAUGAAGGGCAUAUAUUGAGAUGGGAGUUAUUUUUGUUGAAAACUGAACUUUCUGCUUACCCAUAUGUUAGAUACUAUCCCACAUAGAUGCUUAAAUUUUAGGAAGGGACUAUUUUCUGUUAAUGUGCACCUAAUACAAAACUUGGUAGAUUACAGUCUGAUUCCAAGCAUAUCUGAAAGUAAGUCUCCUGAAUACGCAGUAGUCAUUACUUUCUAAAUGUGCAUAGAAUUUUAUCCCUAGUCUGAAAUAGCAGAACUAAGGGUUAUAUAGAAAUUGAGAUCUUUAUCAGAGUACAAAGGGCUGCCCAACUUUUAAGAAAGAGAAACAGAUCAGAUACUAGUUUAGAAGGAGAAGUACACAACCACUAAGUCUUUCAUGUAAACCAUUUUUGAGUGGUUUAUAUUAUCCUUUUAAAGGACUGCAGCUAAUAAAAAUAAUUCCUUUUUAUCCAUAUUAUGUUUAAAUUAACAUUAUUUGCAAUAACAGCCCCUGCUGAGUGCCUUCUGCUUCAUGUUUGGUACCAUUUAAAUUACAUUACAGAGUAUCCAGGGUAACAGAGUGAAAUGCUUUAACUGAAAGCUUGAAUAUAGUAAUAUCCCACAAUAGUUAGGGAACACUGUUGUAAUAUUUUAUAUUUAUUCUAAAACCAUUUUUGCUGAUAAAAGUUCUAUUUCAUCAGUUAUGAAUUGUGUUUACAAAUCUACAAAGUAACUGCAUAUUCAGGAACUGAAGCUCUUCCUCCUGCCAGAUGUGGGGCUCAAGGGACAUUAUCUGGGUCUCUGUUUACCAGCAGAGGCAGUGACAUCGUGUAGCAAUAGCACUUGGGAGUGGUAUAUUUAACAGAAAGGAAACUGGGGUGUGGACUGACAUACUUACCCAACUUCUCUCAGCUGGAUCUCCCUCAUACUUGACUAGGAUACUGCAGUCUUUACUCAAAAACUGGGAACUUAAUAUGCAAUCAUAUGGAACUGUAUGGCUUGUUGAUGCUCAGUAAGAAUCAUUUAAUUAGAAUUUCUGGUAAGAGGGACUUCCAUCUUUGUGACUAUGAAUAGGCCUUUAGAUUUAUGAACAGAGCUGAAUGUGAGCCUCUGCAUCAUGCAUGGUGAACAGUUUGAACAUAUGUGAGUUUCACUUGGAGGCUAAAGUAAGCAAGAUUCAUUUUGUAAUUCACACUGAAUUGAACAUUUUUUCCCCCUUAAAGUAGAAUUCUUGCAGAUCAUCUCCCUUGAGAAGCUUUAUAUCAUUUACUUGUUUCUGUAUGAAAAGUUCUUGCUGGCAAAUCAUUGAGUUCGACUGUAGAAUGAUAGGCCAUUCAACUGUGAAAUAUGAGUCCAUUAUAUAUCCACAAGCUAAAUACUGCACACUUAGAAUUGUGAAUUAUGAUUCUAUUAACUGAAGAGUUUAUGCACAUUUAAAACUUCCAUACUAUGAAUAUUCAUAUUAAUCCUGCCUCAUUUUUAACAUAAAUUAAUUUAUUUGAUAUAAGUUUUGUAUGAGUGGCUUCUUUAUAUUUAAAAUUUAUCAUGUUAGAUCUUGAUAUAUAAGUUAGCAACAGGAAAGAGAAAGCAACAGUGAUAUUGGGAACAAAUAUAUUUUUACACACUUGAUAAAUGAUCUACAUAUGCUUUUAGAACAUACAUCAAUAUUGGCACUGGAUAGAAAAUCUCAACUGGCUGAACUGACUUUGAAUUAAAACAUCCAAAUAUGAUGAAAUUGCACAUCUUAACAUGAAUGAUAUGAGUGACCUAAGCACUUUAAUAUUGUGGGAACUGUACUGGAAAAUACAUGGAAGCAUAUGAAAUUGCACCUACAGCUACUGUAUGUUAAUUUGCAGUUUGUGAUGGGUGGGUGAAAGGGAUAAUUUUACUACUUAGGUGUAUUGUAUCUGAAUGAAUGUACUUAGUCUGAUUUCAUUUAUUUCUUAUUCAAGGAGCCUGAAUUGUGUUGUGUAGUAUUUUUUGAUGGGUUUGUGUGUUUGAUUGUAUUGUAAAUGAUACUUUAGGCAGGGGGGUACUUAUUAAACUGCAGAGAUAUGUUGAUUACUUUAUGGUUUAAAAAAACCCUAUUAUGCUAUAUAAACCAAUCAUUUUGUAAUUUAUGCGGUAUUUAGAUAAUUCUAAUAGCUGUAUAUUUGGCUGACUAUUAAAAUUAAUUUA